AUGUCGUCCUCCUCCAACCUCAGCUCAGGAGGAGUCGUGGAGGAGAAACCGUGUAUCGUCAACAACCACAUGGGCCCUUUCAUCGUGCUCUACAGCCUCAUCCUCAUUGUGGGUCUGCCUGGAAACCUGCUGUCGGUUUGGGCCUUCAUCCAGAGCUGCAGAACCCGGGUAGAACAGCCGUUCACACCUGAGCUGAUCUUCUCCGAGCUCUCAGACUAAUGUUUGGUUGUGUCUCAGCAGCAGCAGCAGAGCACCAGCGUCUACCUGCUCAACCUGCUGAUGGCCGACAUCUUGCUGCUCCUCGCUCUGCCCUUCAAGGUUCUGAAGGACCUCGGCGUGGCGUCGUGGGCACUUAUGGUGUUCCACUGCCAGGUCAGUGCUGUCACCAUCUACAUCAGCCUCUACGCUUCCAUCGCCUUCCUCACCUUCAUCAUCAUCGAUCGCUGCCUGCAGGACCAUCCCACAGCACGCUCCCUGCGGCUGCAGGAGCGGGGCUUCGCCUGGCUGCUGUCGGUGGUGGUCUGGAUCAUGCUGCUGCUCAUCAUGGUGCCCAACAUGGCUUUGCCCACGAAGCCGGUCCAGGUCCAGAGGUACCUCAGCUGCUCCUCGUUGAAGGAAAACAUCAGCCUCCACUGGCACACUCUGACCGUCUUCCUCUGCACGGCGUUGUUCCUCAACGCCUCCACCGCCGUGCUUGUCUCCAGCGGCCUGGCUCUGAAGAGACUUCUGCGCAGUCGCAGCGACCCUAAACUCUGGACGGACAACCGGCAGAUGCUGCAGAGCGUGGCGGCCGUAGCUUUGGCCUACACGCUCAGCUUCGUUCCCUACCAUGCGGUGCGGACGCCGUACACGCUGGCUCAGACCAAAGUCAUCACGGACUGUCAGACCAAGAAGCGUCUGUUCCUGGGAAAAGAGUCGACGCUGCUGCUGAGCGUGCUCCACGUCUGCUUCGACCCGCUGCUCUUCUUUUACCUGAACGCUUCGUUUAGAGGAGUGGUCAGGAAGGUCCUGCGCUGCAGCAGGAACCAGGCCGCUGGCGGUGCAGAGGAGAAGUUUGCAGAGGAAAUCCUGCUGCGUGGAAGCGCUGAACAGCAGGAUGCUGCGGCCUCACCACAAACCUCUGAGGGAUAAAAACACAGCCAGGGUUUGAUUAGCCUAGCUUAGCACAAAGACUGAAGAAACUGCUAGCAUCAAAACAUAUCUGAAAAACUACAAAUAUGGACGAGAGAUGGUUCAUAUUCACAGAACCGAUGGCUCUUAUGCAAAAUUUUUCAGUCAG